GUUCUGGGCAUGAACUGCAUAGUGCUCGCUGUUGUAACCUUGGAACAAUGAGACAAGACUGGCUGAGAGUAUAGCAGAGUUCACAACUUUGAUGCAACAAGGACAUCAGUGACGAGGGGUUAACGCAGGAAAAGUUUUCAGGUGGUUUUGGAUUUUACAGCAUUUUCCACUUUUGAACUCCAUGGUGAACACUUGGAGGCUACCGUGAGAGAAAGCUUAUUUCUGAAGCCAUGGAGAAACCACGAGGUUUCCAGGAAACGGUGAUGACACUGAAGUGGCCCUUGACACUACUGAAGAUUCCGCUGCUGAUUCUGAGAUGGGACGUGUGAAAAACAAUCAUGGAAUGAAAGAUAAAUUAAAAGGUCUGGACUUCAUGAAACAGGAGAAGAGUUCAAAAUGCGCCCCAGAAAUGCUAUCAGACCUUGACUUCAGUGAGAACCUGAACCAGAACCACCUGGCUGAAGCACAGCAGCAAUUGGUGGCAGCAGAGGAACGUCUCUUUGGAAAUUCAAAUGAAACGGAAAGAGCGGAGGAAGACGUAGACAAGUUGCAGACAGAUUAUGAACAAUUCAUUUUGCAUCUGAGGAUAAUCAUCCGUGAGUCCUUAAAUUUGGACAACCAGGAAAAACUCAAGAGUGCGUUGACUUCCAUACUUCAGGAGGAGGCACAAGACAGACGCUGGGAAAUGCUAGCAGCCGAUGAACGUCCACCUUGGAGACCAACGAGGUGCAGAGAGAUCCAUGACUCACUACUCCAGACUGUUGUGGAGGAACGAAUGAAGAAGGAAGAUGAGAAUACAGCGGACCUGUCUAGUUCCUUGAAGAGAGAGGUGUGCCGAAUGGGCAAACAAGUGCAAAAAGAUCUGCUCAGGGUGGUCAGAAGGUUGAGAGAAUGUUAUCCACCAGACUUUGACAUAUGCAGAACGUAUGCCCUGCUUUACCAUCAGGCGUUCUCCACCAGACUCAGAGAGUUGGCAAGAGCUGAUAUUGUCAUUGAGGAUUGCCACUACAUAUUGAGUUGGGUUGCCAAUUUCUACCCAAGUGAUGUGUUGCAGCACAAAGAUCUGGAGGAGCACAUCAACCAUUCAUCUCUUGGACCUCUGUUGCCUAAAGAAGAUCUUGAGAAAUUACAGGAACAGUACUUUUCAUACAAAGAGACUGAAGUUAAAAUGUGGUUGUCAAACGCUUUUGAGAAUGAAAUGAAGAGAUGGGCUGAUGGCAUGGAACCUGAACUCAUGGAUGGAUACUACUUCAGUGACCUUGCUGUCAACCUUAUAUCUCUUAUUGAUCCAGCUGUGACAGACAUCAAAACAAUUAUGGGCUCUGAAAGUAAAUCUGGAUAUAUUAUUUGCCACUUGGACAGUUUUCUAAAAAGAUAUAUGAAAUGCCUUGAGGAGCAUACUAAAACAAAACAAGAAAAUAUUCCCAAAACUCUCAGUGCUAGUCUGGUGAACAUGCACCUGUUUGGGGAUUAUGUACAAAAGGCAGAAAAUCUGUUCCCUGAGGAGACCAAAACAGCAUGUUUAUCCACAAUAGCAGACAUCAAAACAAUUUGUCACAGAUAUUUUCUCAGUCAAAUUCACACAGAUCUGAAGCCACUGUACCGUAAGCUUUGGACUCAAGCCUGGUUAGCAGAGCACCAUGAAGUAAUACAGGGGCUGGUGAAUGAGCUUGAAAAUCAGAUAGAUAAUCUGAAACAGCUGAAGCCUGUCUGCCGGGAGGAACUUGUGGGCGAGCUGCAUGUUGAAGUAAUGGUCGAGUAUGUGCGGCGAAUGAUGAAGAGAAAACUGAAGCUAAAAGGGAAAUCAACGCAGGAUCAAACUGCAGAUUUAAUGUGCAAAAACAGCCAAAUAAUCUGCUCUGUGUUUGCCAAAGUGGGGUCAAAAGAGGAAUGGCUUCAUGAAAUAGUGCCAAAGUUAUCUGAGAUUCUGAGACUUCAGGACCCUGGGAGUCUACAACUUGAGAUUGUCACUCUUGUAAAAGACUUUCCUGAUUUGAGUGAGCAGCAUAUUCUGGCUAUCUUGAACAUGAAGACCAACCUUUCGAGUUCAGAUCUGCGCAAGAUCAAAGGGUGUUUGAAGGACAACAGGAGCUUUCUAGAUGCUGAGUCUUCAUCUUCCUUCUUUUCUAAAGUUAUUGUGAAAAAGAAAAUCCUAUAAGUGCCUUUAUCAACCUUAUUACUUUUUAUCCACCUUAUUUUUUAACGCUGAAGUAAAUAAUGUGACAUACUUGUCUUGAAACUUCCGUUUUAUUAGCUGGCCAGUGGAAAACAAUGGAAGUGGUGUUGCAGGAGCAUGCUCAAAACACCAUAAAAACAGCUCUGGUGAAUAUUUUUCACACUAGCCAUGUAUUACAUAGUGGGAAGAUAAGCAGGCCUGAUAUAUCAUAUAAAGAUAUAUUCAAUUAUUUUACGUUUUCUCUCAGAGUUGAAUGUUCUUCGAUGCACAACUAUGAAAGCACCGUUAAAUUUACUUACAUGCACAGUGGGAAAGUCAGUAGAAAUUUGUACAUGACAUAAGCCAGGUUUCAAUUACAGAUUGUUUUCUAAAUGUCGAUUAAAACAAAACAGAAUGACUGCGUUUCCAGUAAAUGAUGUUAUUUGGUUAAAGAAUGUUUAGAUUCUUCUUGCGUUAAGUCAUUGUGGCAGAACUUCUUCUUUGUACGUUUAAUGGCAGGUUGCAAACAAACUUUCGUGCAUAGUGCUACUGUGAGUGAAGUCCAUAUUAAUGUGAAUUCCUUACAUCCCAUCCUUCUAAAUGUUCUGCCAAAACAUACCUCGAAUGGUCACGUGACUUAUAAAUACGACAAAAAAUUGUUGCCAUUGCAGUUUUGUGAAAUAUGCCAUUAUCGUAUUGCCUUAAAAAACACCUCAUACGAGCAUUACAACUAAUGUUGAGGUGAAUCGGCUUUCCGUCACAGAAAGAAAUCUCAGAGACAAGGGUUUAUUAAACUUUAUUUGCCCAAGCACGCAAAGUGAGACACUCAGAGUUCAUAUGAAUUUGUCCAUCGAAUACACAUCUGACUCCAUAUUUAUACAUUGUUCUCAAGUUGUUAUCACAGUUUAAACCAAUCAUGUUUUACCUGACAUCACCUUCUACCAACCAGGUUUCACAUGACAAAACCUAUUUUUGAUAGUCCAUCCUUUUCUGACCUUCCACAGUUAAAUGUCAAGCGCCAUAUAUCAGUAUUUAACUGUGGCAAAACCUUUUAAAAGCUUAAAAAUGAAAUGCACAUACAUACAUCUUAAAAUUGCAGUUGUAUGUUACGUUGUUAUUUACUACACCUUUGUUUAGUGUAUUUAAAGGGUAAACAUGUGCUUCAAUCAAUAUAAUAGUGUAUACUGUGUUCGUCUGUGACUAGUACCAACUAGUGUCUUCAAAAGCGUGUGUGUGUGUGUGUGAUGCUAAGCAGAUGUGAGGUCCAUAUCUGCUUGGUGCCCAUCCUAUGAGGCCCAAAGCCUUUGUUAAAAUCAGAGAAGUACAUGAACUUCUAUAACUAUCGUAAAUGUAUGCUUUUAUAUAAGAACAAAAUGUAUUAUUUUUAGAAACUUUAAAUGUAGUCUUUUAGAUAAGAAAACUCAGUAAUAUACCACACAGAAAAAACACCAUACUAAUAACGGAAGAGUGGAGAUACUGGUUGCUCUUGUAUGGCGGGUCUCCACCGAGCUGAAGCAUCUAUCACAACAAUAAGUGGCCUGAUACUGUAUAUGAGGUACCGUUAAUUCACUUGCAUCCAUUUCAAAUCUCUGCUCUUGGCCUACAAAACCCCCAGUGGUUCGGUAACUCCAUAUCUUAACUCGCUAAUUCAGAUUUAUGUAUCCGCCCAAUCCAUGCACUCUGCGAUCAAACAACGUCUGGUGGUGCCAUCCCACAAAGGGAAAAAAAUCACUCACUUUGCCUGGAUGUGUUCCAUGACUCUGGAAUGAUCUCCCUCUUGUCUUUAAGAAUCGGCUAAAAACACUUUUCUUCCGUAAACAUCGAACCCAUAAGAACAGUCUUCUACUUCUUUUCUACUUUCCUAUCCCCCCACCCCAAAAAACUUUACUUCGUAUAUUGUUAGGCUAACUGAGUCCAGUUUUUACUACACCUCUGCAAUGCUGUUCUUUUGAUGAAAAAAAUAUUCUAUUGUUUUCCUCUACUUUGUACAUAAAAUAAGUGUGUGCUAAAUGGUACAUAUCAUAUAAAGAUAUUAGGGCUGCAACUAACGUUCAUUUUGAUAAUACAGUAUUAUUUCAAUUAAUCGGAUAAAAAUGUAAUUAGAUCUUUUGUUUAUAACUAAAUCAGAGAUGAGAAAAGUUUUCAGAACUGAACUCAUUAGCCUUCUCCCAAAAUGUUUUGGAUGUACAUUUACCUUUACGUUGUACAUUUGGCAGACGUUUUUAUCCAAAGCGACUUACAUUGCAGUUACCUAUACAUUUAUACUUAAGUAUCAGCAAUCCCCUGGAAUCGAACCCACAACCUUAACAGAAUGCUCUUACCACUGAGCUACAUGAAAGCUUUGUCAUUAGGGAUGUCUUCCUAAUAAGCUCUAUGCACAACGUAUUUGAAUGUUAUAACGAAAUGUUAAUUUAUGAAAGUAUCAGUUCAAAUACGGUGGAACAGCAUUUCUGCAUAACACUGCUGUGUGCCGCAAUGUACAUCAUCUGCUAAAUUAAACUAUUUUCUUUAAGUUUCACCAACCAGAAACUGCAGAGGGUUCUGAAAGUGAAACGCGUAAGAUAUGAUUAAUUUUCAAAGAAUUGCAUUAAUACGCCCUAUUAGCACAGGAUUAGUAUUACCUGGGGACCUAUAGUCAUUUGUUAUGAUUGCAGAGGUUGUCUGUGACCUUAAUCCUGUGCAAAUCGGCAAUGUCUGUAAAUUGCAAAGUAAAAACUCUACCGUAAAUGGCCUACCAUACUUAAGAAAGCUUGAUAUUAUUCUGUUACCAGAGUAAAAGUUUGGUUAAAGAUUAACUAUUACAUUGUACUUAAAAUUACAUUUCACGUAGUGUGCAAUGUUGCUGUGUGUGAAUGUAUGUAUGUAUAUUGGCUUGGGAAAAAAGGAGUCGACUCAUAAUCACGCGAACGAGUCGUCUGUCAUUUUAAUUUCAGUUCCGGGUCAGAUUUGCGUCACUCAGUGUAACGGCUGCCUACGUUCCAUUUGCGACACUGAACGCGGUUUACCAAUCUCACGGCAGACUAGACCAUCUGACCAAUCAGAUCAGAGUGGGCUGACCGAAAGGAGCGGAUUACACAGAUGAUUCGCCGAACCAAUCAUUUGAGAAUCAGUCAAGAAGUAAGGUAACAUUAUGCUUGUUCGAGAUGGCCAAAUUCUGUGCAAAAUCCGUCUCUGUUGAUCAGCGUAAGAUGCAUGCUGGUUAGAAAUGUGUCCGCCUUGCUAUGAUGUCAUGCUGACGUUUGCCAAAAAACUCUCGCGUCAGCCUCGCCAAAAUCCGCAGGCGAGCGCAGUUGCUUCCCCCCGACUGCGUUGAUGAAUAGCGAACGAGUUGCUGACGACACAGCUUAAAUGCUCAUUGGGCGAAAAUGUCAGCUGAUAUCUUUUUUCAUACGGGUUCCAUUAUUAAGGCCAUUAACGAAAAUUGUUUUUUUUUUGUAUGAUUUAUAUGUGGAAAAAACACAUCUAUGUGAAAUAUAUUGCCUUCAUGUAAAAGCAGUGGCAAUUCAAUUGCACCGAUUUAAUCUGAUAUAAAGCGCUUUUUUAUUAAAGUAUAACAAAAAACAUUACAAAACAAGGUGGUAUACAGCUUGCAUUCAAAAACAUACGUUUUAGGGGGGCUGAGACAAGAAAAACAUAUAAAAGAUAAUAAAAAACAAACAACAAAGACAAAAAAGAAAGAUUAAAAAAUCAAUCAAUCAAUAAAUGAAUGAAUAUAUACAAAACACGAAAUUAUCAUUUAUGUAAUCGAAUACGUUCCAGCUUUUUAUGUUUAACUUUUGACAGCGUUUUUUAAUAUUGUCUCAAUUAAUUCUUAAAUACUAAAACAUGGUGAUUUAAAAAUUAUAUUUGGGAAUAGAGUCUUAGCGAACAUAAGUUAUUCAUUAAAAAAACAAUUUUACUUCCUUUUUCACAGCUUCCAUAUUUAAUUUUACAUAAACGUAAUUUAUCCACAAUUAUUGCAAUUUGUCCUUAAAAUAUGCUCUGUGCUUCCUCGAAAUAGUUACAGAAUUUACACAAUAGGCCUAUAUAAACUCUCCUGAAAGUUAAAUAUCACAUACAGUUUUUAAAUAAUUUUCUUUGUAUAAAAUGGAAACUUUCUAAGUUCUAAUAUGUUUAAGCAUUCGUUUGUCAAAAAAAUAUCGGAAUUAUUUUUUAUAGACUUUACAUGGCUAUGAGUUUGCGUCUGAUAUAAGUUUUAGAACAUUUCUCACUUUUAAACUCAGUUUGUCCAAGAAAAAUGCGAUAAAAAACGCGAACACGAUCCGUUCCAUUGACGUUUCCAGUCGACUCAAUAGCGCGAUUUGGAAAGAGUCUUGUGCUGUUUUCACUCCUCCUCUUACUGCAGCCGCCUGCUCUAAUCUUCUUUUCAUACGUGGCAACCCGCAUCUCGAAUAAGCCUAUAACUGCCUCUUAUUAGAGUAGGAAUUGUGUUUUUACCCUUUAUGUAUGUAAACUUGUUGUUGGACACAACAUAAACCAAGUUAAGGACGUUAAAAAUCACAAAAUAUUCAUCAAAAACUACAGAUGUUCAGUAUACACUAUUUAUAACUAUCUAACUGAAGAAUGUCUAUUAUAAAAGCAUCUUCCUUAUGAUAGCAGUAACCUUUUGCCUAGAUCUUGAAAAAAUGAAUUCUUGGCAUUAUAUCAACCUGAACCCUUAAAUGCUUUUUAACACUAAAGAAAUGUCCAUCUACUUUGAGCUCUUACUGGGUCAUCUGUUCUUCAUUAUUCACUCCAAGUCAUCCAUUCCAAGAACAUUUGUAAUAAAAUUUGAGUUUUGAAGUGAAAUGAAUUCAAAUGUCGACACUAUUUCUGUCUACAAAAAUAAGACAAAGCAGUUAAAAGCAGUAUAAAAUAAUUGUUAUUUUUUUACCAUAAAUAUUUCAGUCUAAUGACUCUAAACAUUUCACCUGUAGUGUAAUAUUACUUUGUAUAAAGGAUUUUUUUCAAUUUUUUUUGCAGUUUUAAGGGGGCGGUUUUACUGACAGGGUUUACAUAAAAUCUAAUCCUAAUUUCGUAAUCUUAAAAUAAACCCUGUUCCGGAAAUCACCCUUAAUGUCUGUGAACAAUUUUGCAAAUGUCACUUUAAAUACAUGUUUGUAUUACUUAUAAAUUGUUUAUUUCGUCACAGCAUUUCAAGCCAUUUUGUAGCUUUACAUCUGGAAUGUAACAAAGUUUUUACAGGGUUGUGAAAUGUGCCAAGAAAGUUGGAAAAACUGUAAGAUGUUGCAAAACAACAAGAACCAUUAUUUCAUGUGAAAAACAAUGGUGAGAUGUAUUACAUUUAGUCAUUUUUUGAAGUAUCCAUACUUUAUAUAUUUAUUAUGUAAAGACAUAAUGUAAUGUACUGUAUUAAUGUAUUCCAUCGGAAGUUGUUGUUUCGUGAUACAUCUGUUUCAUUACUAGGCCAGUACAUAUUCAUUGUCUUAAAUAAGAUUAUCUGUUGCUGGAGAACUAAAUGCAUUAAUAAAAUCCUUCAAUC